AUGGCUGCAGGAAGCCACAAGCGGAUCGUCAAGGAGCUGACGGAAUGCUCCAACGAUGCGCCUGCGGGCAUGAGGGUACAGCUCGUCGACGAGUCCAACGUCCAUGCCUGGGAGGUCAUUAUCGAUGGUCCCGAGCAGUCCGUCUAUGCUGGCGGCCAGUUCAAGCUCCUUUUGACGCUCCCCAAGGACUACCCUUUCAAGCCUCCGGUCCUAAACUUCCAGACCAAGAUAUAUCACCCGAAUGUCAGUAACGAUGACAAGGGCUUGAUGUGCUUGGGCAUGCUGCGCCCCGAUGAGUGGAAGCCGCCGAACAAGCUGGGCGCUGUGCUGCUCAUGGUGCGCAACCUGCUGAUCGAGCCGAACCCCGACGAUGCAGUCGAGGGCGGAAUUGCCAAUCAGUACCAGCAAGAGUACAAGGAGUUUGAGAAGACGGCCAAGGACUGGGUCAAGAGAUAUGCAUCGGCGAAGAAAUAA